AUGAACGACAAGCAGUCAUCACCUACUAAUAGCUGUCANGACCUCUUCAACACCAACGCCUCGAUCGUCCGCGACCUGGCCAAGGCUGCUGCCGAGCACUGCCCCAAGGCAAACAUCCUCAUCAUCUCCAACCCCGUCAACUCGACCGUUCCCAUCGCCGCCGAGGUCUUCAAGGCUGCCGGUGUCUACGACCCCAAGCGCAUGUUCGGUGUCACCACCCUUGACGUUGUCCGUGCCUCGCGCUUCAUCUCGCAGCUCAAGAGCACCGACCCCGCCUCGGAGAACAUUGUCGUCGUUGGUGGUCACUCUGGUGCCACCAUCGUCCCUCUGUUGAGCCAGUCUGGCUACAACCUCGAGGGCGAGCAGCUCGACGCCUACGUCAAGCGUGUUCAGUUCGGUGGUGACGAGGUUGUCCAGGCCAAGGGCGGUGCUGGCUCUGCCACUCUUUCCAUGGCCAUGGCCGGUGCCCGUUUCGCCGAGUCGCUCCUCAAGGCCGCUCAGGGCGAGAAGGGCGUCAUUGAGCCCACCUUCGUCGACUCUCCUCUCUACAAGGACCAGGGUGUUGACUUCUUCGCCUCGCAGGUCGAGCUCGGCCCCAACGGUGUUGAGAAGAUCCACCCCGUUGGCCAGGUCACCGACUACGAGCAGAAGCUCCUCGACGCCUGUCUCAAGGACCUCAAGGGUAACAUUGAGAAGGGUGUCAAGUUCGCCAAGGAGAACCCUUAA